GGCGCUCGACUCCCCAGUGUGGGUAGACGCUCAGUCACGUGUGGUUGCGCCAGUUUUCGUCUCGCCUGCACGCAGGCUUUCCUCGGCACUUCCUCAAGCGGAUUGGUAGCGGUCUCGUGCCGAACGCGGAACGGCGAAUCAGUCCUGUCGAGUGUUCUUGUUCCCUGACACUAACUACGGCUGACCGAAAAGUUGAGGGAGAGCGAAAUAAAGGCUGCUUGAAAGAGUGCAUCAGGCUGAGAGUAUAAUUCUUUACCCUUAAGUACCGGUGAACACUCUUGAGCUAUGCCGCCGACGACAGGGAGGUGCGAGUAAGUUGUGCGUGAGACAGACCAGCAAGGAGAGGAGUGAUAGGAACGCGCGGAGAGCCCAGGACAGUCAAGAGAAGAGUAGGUCCACGACAGACAUGAAGAAGGGAAAUAUACCAAGGCUGUUACUACUCCUUCAUCUCCUCCUUCUACUGGGAGGGACGGAGGCUGAGGCGUACGACCCGGAGGCGAGCAUCACCGGCCUGUACACGGGGCCCUACUUCGACCCCCUCACCCUCAGGAACAUGACGGCGCACCUUGGGGACGAGGCCAAGCUCCCGUGCACCGUGAGGCAGCUCGGGGACAAGUCGGUGUCGUGGGUGAGGGUGAGGGACGCGGACAUCCUCACGGUGGAUCGCUACACCUUUGUCGGCGAUGAGCGCUUCGAGUCCCACUACUCAGCGCCUACGGAGACUUGGAACUUGGUGAUUCGUUACGUGCAGGAGCGAGACGCCGGGGAGUACGAGUGCCAAGUGUCCACAGAGCCCAAGAUGAGUCAGUUCUUCAGCCUCAGAGUCGUCAUCCCCAAGGUGAAGAUCCUGCCGAUGGGGGAUCGCUACGUGAAGGCAGGCAGCACGGUGAUCAUCGACUGCCAGAUCACCGACGUCGUGCAGCUGCCUGACUACAUCUUCUGGUACCACGAGGAGAAGCGAGUCAUGGCCCACCACGACCCCAACCUCAUGGUGAAGGUGAAACGCACGGACGUGGAGGCCAUCACGUCCACGCUCACCAUCCUGAAGGUGCGGCAGGAGCAGAGCGGCAACUACACCUGCAUGCCCUCCAACCUGCACGCCGCCUCGGUGGUGCUGCACGUCAUCAACGAGAAGCACCCCGCGGCCAUGCAGGGGGAAAGGAACAGUGCCGGGGUAGCGGACGCCAAGCUUCACGUCACCUGCAUCAUUCUGCUUUUCGUCUUUGCCUUCACCGCCACAUGGAGCGGCCAAGAAAGAAAACAUGAAUCAAAAACAAAGCCAAAAAAGCAACGAACGACAAAUUCUGCUUCAUUGGCUGUUCUUUCCCUCCCUGCUGCCUCCUCCCACCACCGCCUCAACACCCAUGCCCUUUCCCCAGCCUCCCUCCGCAGCCUCCCUUGCCAAGGAGACAUCACAACCACCUCGAGCCAGGGGCAGCAGGAGGCCUUUGACAUACUUUGGAAGCUCCUGAAAAUCGACGGUCUGCAUUGUGCGCAGAAAGUCUCUCCCGCCAAAGGGGAUGAAGCAGAGCCUUUGUCCAGCUCUGCCAGCCAGGUCAGGGAUUUACCACGCACGGUCCUUGUUGAAGAGAUGCUUGAUACAGAGGGCCAUACUUCAUCGCCCUCCUUGAAACGGCGGGGCUCUCCGGAGCUGACCCUUGAUGAGGCUCAGGAAAAUCUUUGCGUGCCCGGGGAGGAGGCAGAGGACGCAUCAUCUGGCAGUACUCGAGCCAUCACAGCCGCAGGUACUCAACGCCGCCACUUCCCAUCCCUGCUGCCGGCUAAGGAUCUGUUGCGAGUCGAUCGAGGGCUGUUCGCUGCCUCUUGUCGGUGAUCAGUCCGGCCUCUCCUUAAGCACACUUUUGUAUAUGUCGUGUACAUAGACAAGUAUAUAUAAUUUUUAUGUGUACAGAUAGACUUGUACAAAAGAUCGUUCCCAAGAUAGAUGAUAGUAGUGGGAGCUUAAAGACAGAAAAAAAGAAGAAUCGUUUUAUAGAAUUUCUUAAAAGCUACAGCAAAAAAAUAAAAAUAAAAAUCACGGAUCCCGCGUGAAAGAAGCAUGAAAAAUCAAUAAAACAAGUGCUUCUUGUAAAUAGGUUUCAUUCAUGCGUGUGUAUACCUAUUUGAAGUUCGACUUGAAUUAUUUACGCAAGUCUAUAGUUCACACCAACACCCUUCGUUGGGACUCUUCGCAAUGAGAGUUUGGUUGACGUUUGUUUUUAGUUCCACCGCAUACAUUUCUUGAAGAUGAAUUCCCAUGGACUAUUUACCGAUGGUUUAGAAGAAUGUAUACGAGUUGAGUGUUCCAUGUCAUUCAAAGUAUAACCUGGAGCUGAGAAACCCAAAUGUUCUGUGUCAGAUGGCAAAGAAACGGCAGACGGGAAACAGAAGCUACGAUGAUAGGAGAGGGCGUCGUUUCUCCCUCACCAUCAGAAGUCUUUAAUGGUGCCAACAUCUAACGGGAACAGCCAGCAGGUCGUUUUGAUCAAAGGUUUACCACGCCGUUACGUUACGUCUGAACAACAAAGGAGUCUUGGUGGCGCUCUGAAGCCGUCACCAAAUGAUCUAGCGACGUGCGACACAAGCCGACGUCACUGAUGAGGUUUCCAUUGCUCUGAGGGACCGGGGAGGGGAGGGGGAGGGGCGGCGUGCGAGUGGAUGACCCCUUCUCUCUCCCCUCCCGCUACGCCUCCAACACGCGGAACAAGGAGGGCCGCCACGGAGCACUUGGGUAGAGUUCCGUUUGCCUUCAGUGUUUGGUAAAGGAAUUAAUCGAUGAGUUAUGUCCUUCUGUGUUCCAUGUAUUCACUCAUUACUCUGUUCAACCAGCAUAACGAAUAUUUAUUGAUCUGUGAAGUAAGAGCACUUAAACAUUCAGCUUUCUGUGUAGUAUAUGUAGAUGUUCGGGGAGAUGUGUGUUUCUUGGGGCGCGGAGCGACGGGAGCGUCGUGCUGAGAGUGUGUGCGCCGCGGGAAAAGAACACAACAACACAAGGUGAAGUCUCUGCCAACAAUAGACAUAACCACACCAAUAACAGCACCAGCGAAGCAGCUCUACGGUAAUAACCAAAUAACAGAAAACGAUGAAAUUAAGUAAAAGUUAGAACCUUCAUUUUCUUUGGUUGGUGUUCAUGGGAGACGAUGGUGUCGUCUAUCUCUCGCAACAUUGUCUAAAUACACGGUCGGGUUUCCAGUGAUCACUACACGAGCCUGACACGGGCCUAGGGUUAGGUACAGGCUAUAAAAAUAUAUUCGGCAUCCUUGCAGUAAAUACAUUGUGCCACACCGUACAAGGGAACAUCAAUAAAAACCUGAGGGACAGGGCACGGUUGGCAUCCCUGGCUGUUUUGAAGAAUGUUUUAAGUUGUUUCAACCCCACCAAAUGAUAACGACGUCUGUAACUGUGAUCGCUGUAAAGGAUAUCGAACAAGGGAUGCCUGCAAUAUGUUUUUAGCCUCUACCUUAUACAUCAUCGUAGAGAGUAAGUGCGUGUACUCACACACUGCUCAGACACUCUUGUUUACUUUUAUUAUCAUGUUUACUAAUUAAUUUCUCCCUCGGCAUCGUUUUUUCUGUAAAUUAUGUAGUUAUAGGUAACUAAUUUUCAUGUAUACAGAAAACCUAUAUAAAUAUUUCUACAAAACAAUAUAAAAAAAAUAUUAAACUUUAUUUGCUCAUUAAUAUCAGGCUAUGUAUUAAAAGAUUAAUUUCGAGUACAAGAGAAUAAAAAAUGAGAAUCAUAAUCUACACAAAACUAUCGGAUGAGGAAUUUAUCGCAAUUUUUAAUGCCAUCUUCCCAAGUAAUAUAAAUCUCUCCCCGGAGUGCAGUCAAUACAUAAUGAAUCAUCAAUUUCCUCACGUAAUGAGGCCCGUCAAGUGGCUCUACAAAAGUCGUAUAUUUCUCUGGUUAAUUAAGAUUCACUGACCUGGAAGUUAAUUAGAGGGACAAGUUAUUUUCCAGUCUUUUUUUUUUUUCUUUUUUACGUGGUGAUCAUUUGCCCGCAGCAAGGAGCCGAGAGAGAAGAUCCGUCUCUUCAGGCCAACUAGCCACUAAUGAAAUCCUGAGAUGACAGCCACAGCACAAGGAUGAAAAUAUCACCGCCAGGGCCAGACUCCCGUCCGCUGAAUUAAUUACAAACAUUCACGGCACGAGUGGGCUGCUUCAACAUAUUGUAUAAUACAUUCAAACUGAUAGCUGCUCAAAGUCCAGUAAGCAGAGAUGUUAUUUCACCUAAACUGACACAUUUACAUAAUAUAUCUUAAUCAAAGACAGGAUUUAGACGUUAGGAAGACCAAACUUUCACCUCAGCUUCCAGAUACACAAUGUAGAUACAGAGCCCGAUUUCAAAAACAUCAAUCCCCUUUUUUUCCUCCCUCAUGUCUCCCCUGCGGUGUAUGAAGGACAGAAGGAAAUGCAGAAUGUGAGGAUAUAUUUCACUUCCCAUAAAUGUACACGAAGGAGCUGGUACUCAUCCACACACGCAGUAAGAUAUUACAGGAAUUUACACUCGAAAAAAUAUAAAAAGAUUAUAGGUUAUUCGUUACUUGAGGCUCCUGAACCUAGUUGUGGCUACUCAAGGGGUGCUGAGCAGAAAGGCCGCUGUAAAUUAGCAGCACACAUGUGACUACCAGUGCGACACUCGGUAAACAAAACACAAGAGAACAGGUACAACAUCCCUACUCUUUACCCCCACACACACAAAAAACUACGACAAACUGUCUCCAUAUCACUGCAGCAUCCCUUUGGGAAAGUUCAUUAAGAUUCAAACACACACACACACACACACACACACACACACACACACACACACACACACACACACACACACACACAACGUCAAAUGGAUAUAAACUGCAGAACAAUAACACCAAAACCCCAAGAGGAGCCGGUGUGUGAUGCAGGUCACGUUGUUUGUUACAAAAGAAAAAUGAAAACGGUUUAAUGCUCGGGGGAGAACCAUUCGAUGUUUCAAACGAUAGAAAACAGCAGGGACGGACUUCAAGAAUGCAGGGAAGCGGCGGGAGAGUGACCUUCCUCCAUUGUGUCAAGGUCAAGUUCCUCAAGAGACGGGCGGGUGUAUGUAAACUUGUAUGUAUAUAUGUCAGGUGGAGGCGGCUGGACAGGGGGCGGGGGGGUGAGGUGGAACGACUGAAGAUUUUAUUGAUCUUAGUGGCCGGGAUGGGGAAGGAAGGGGUUGGGUCCUGCCGCCGUCUGUAAAACUGUUAAGGCUAAAAAAAAAGAAAAAUGUUCACUAUAUUAUGGAUUAUAUGUUUUGUAUAUAAGAAAUGUUUGUAAUAAAUGGAACUCGUAAAGCA